UUAAUGUAUUCAAUAUUUUUUAAAUCUUCGUUUAAUUGUUUUUGUAAGACAUUUUUGAUGCCAUAUAAAGUUUACUUAAAAUAUAUCUUUAUGAAAAAUGACCGAUCUAUAAAUUUAUGGUUUAUAAAAUUUGUACUUUUCUUGCCUUAUAUGGUAUCAAGUAAAUUAUAAAAGCAACAAGGAUAGACGUAUUUUCUAUCGCAUAAACAAUUUGACAGAAACGUAGAUUCCUUAUAUGGUCAAACCGAAACCGCAUAAGUAAGAAAAACUUUAUUUGCUAAAAUUUAAAGUACAGUAAAAAUAAAAUAUUCUAUAAUAUCAAUUAUCCACAUAGUAUCAAUUAUCCACAUAUUAAAAAAAAUGGAGACUAUUUUGCAACAAAAAAUAAUAGAAGCAACUCACUGCGUUGAAAAACAAUUAGACACAGAGAUAGAAAAGUUGGAAAAUCUGGACAUUAGUGAUUUUGAAAAGUUGCGUGAACAACGUUUAAAGAAGCUAAAGUUGCUUCAACAACAAAAGCAAAAUUGGUUGGCACUGGGUCAUGGAGAAUAUUCAGAAUUAUAUGAUGAAAAAGAAUUCUUUGAAAUUUCAAAAAAAUCUCAAAACAUUGUUUGCCUGUUUUGUAAAGACGAUUCCCCAAGAUGUAAAAUAGUAGAUCAUCAUCUCAAAAUUCUUGCAAAAAAGCAUAUAGAAGCAAAGUUUUGUAAGUUAAAUGUAGUACGAUGUCCAUUUUUAACUGAACGUUUAAGGAUCAAAAUUAUUCCCACAAUUGCUCUCAUUGUUAAUGGUAAAACUAAUGAUUACAUUGUGGGAUUUACUGAUUUAGGAAAUCGUGAUGAUUUUUCAACUGAAAUAUUAGAAUAUAGAAUUUCCCUUUCUGGAGCAAUAACAUUUGAAGAGAACUUGUCAUCAGAAAAUAAUAAAAAACCAUGGUUAUCACAAGUUUCAAAACCCAAAACUAUCAAAGGACCUAAUGGUUUAAAUUCUGAUGAUUCGGAUGAAGAUUAAAAAUAAUUCAUAAUUUUUAACGAUUCAUUAGCUAAUAUUUAUGAGCUUUUACCUGUAUGUAAAAUUUAAUUAAUAAAAAUUAAUAAUCGUUAAACGAGUAAAGACAAUUUUAAUAUACAAAAUAGCUAUAUUAUAUAAGAUAUUUAAAUAUUAUUUUAUUUAUAAUAAAUAUUGUUAUAUAUAAAAUAAAUCUUUUAAUGUAAAACAUUUCUAAGAAAUAAACAUUUUAAAUAUUUUUUAUAAAUAAAGUUGCUUAUAACUUUAAA